AUGGCUGUUGAUGAGACUACCAGACUUAUAGAGGAAGGUGCAUCAAUAUCCAUUCAGGAUGGUGGAGAACCAGUUAGAUUUGUCAAACCACCUCCAACGACAGAUGAUGGACUGUUUGAUAAGGUCCAACAACUGUUGGGUCUGAAAGAGAAGAAGAGAACACAACAACAAAGAGAUCAGAAUAAGGAAAAGGAGUUCAAUGAUAAGUUUAGAGAGUUGUCCUGUAUGCAGGUUGACGACAUCCUGCUGCGAACGGGAUCGCCUGCCUGUGGCCUCACCAUGGACGAGGCCAAAGAGCGACUGGUCAAGUAUGGCCGCAAUGUGAUCACAACGGUCAAGCCGACGCCUUGGUACAAGCUGCUGUUCACCGCCCUGACACAUCCGUUCAAUGUGGUGCUGAUGAUCAUUGGCAUCGUGUCGGUUGCCACCAAGGACUACGCCACGUUCACCGUCGUGAUGUCCAUGGUACUGCUGUCGUCUGGCCUGCGCUUCUACGAGGAACAAAAGUCUAGCAAGGCAUUCACUCAUCUCAAGUCGUUGAUCAAGACCACGGUCACUGUACUCCGACGAACAGACGCCCGCCAAGAGGUUGGCCAAGAGAUGCAAGUUGACAUGGAGGAAGUUGUGCCUGGCGACAUAGUCCCACUCAAGGCUGGCGAUGUGCUGCCUGGAGACGUGCGAAUCCUACACUCCAACAGUCUCUUCCUGUCGCAGUCGUCCCUGACUGGCGAGUUCCUCCCCGUGGAGAAGUCAUCGCACCAUUCAGUCAUACAUACAUCGAUCUUUGACACGCCAAACAUAUGUCUCAUGUCGACCAACAUCGUCUCGGGCAGCGGCCUGGGCGUUGUGUUUGAGACAGCCCAACACACAUACAUCUCAUCGAUCUCUGAGAUCCUCACCAGCACCAAGACCACCAACGCCUUUGACAUUGGCGUCAAGAAGGUGGCCUAUCUACUCAUGGGCUUUGGCGUCAUCAUGGUGCCAAUUGUCAUCACGAUCAAUGGACUGACCACAGGCGAUUGGUACGACUCUGUCAUGUUUGGAUUGUCCGUUGCCAUUGGCCUCACACCAGAGAUGUUACCAAUGAUAUUGAAUGCCAACUUGGCAAAGGGCGCAACAGACAUGUCCAAGAAGAAGACGAUCGUCAAGCAACUGCAUUCAAUUCAGAAUAUGGGCGCAAUGGAUGUGUUGUGCUCUGAUAAGACAGGUACAUUGACUGAGGAUAACGUCAAGCUGCGCGAGUUUAUUGCGGCCGACCGCAUGGAGUGCGAGGAGGUGUUGAAGUACGCCUAUCUCAACUCCAACUUCCAACGCGGCCUCAAGAACGUUCUGGACGAGUCCAUCAUCGAGUUUUAUCACGAGAAGUACCCAAAGGAGUCGACACCAGCCACAUCAGAGUACCAACUGCAGGAGGAGUUCCCAUUCGACUUUACUCGUCGUCGUGUCUCGGUCAUCCUCGAGAAGGAGGACGAUCACAUGCUCACGUUGGUGUGUAAGGGUGCCGUGGAGGAGGUGAUGUCCUGCUGCUCACACGUUGCCACGCGCAACCACAAGGAGAAGCCAUUGACUACCGAGCUGAGAGAGAGGUUGCUCGCCAUUUCAAACGAUCUGAAUGUCGACGGCCUGCGUGUGCUGUGUGUGGCCACCAAGCCGAUGGCGCCACACACGGGACCGGUGCAAGAUGAGGAGCAUAUAUACAAUGUCAAGCAAGACGAGAUUGAGCUGACGUUCCAGGGCUUCCUGGCAUUCAUCGACCCACCCAAGCAGGACUGCGCCGCCGCCAUCGAACAGCUGCGUGUCAAUAAUGUACAGGUCAAGGUGUUAACAGGAGACAAUCUGGCCGUGGCCAAGAAGAUCUGCAAGGAUGUUGGCAUCGAUGUGUCCAAGAUUAUCUCGGGACCCGAGCUGGAGGAGGCAUCGCCCGACGAGUUUGAUCAGAUCGUUGAGGAGUGCACACUCUUUGCCAAGCUCACACCAAUCCAGAAGUACAAUGUAGUUCGCGCACUCAAGCGCCACAAGCACACAGUUGGAUUCUUGGGCGAUGGUAUCAAUGACGCAUUGGCACUACGUGAGGCUGACAUUGGUAUCAGUGUUGACACUGCCACCAACAUUGCCAAGGACGCGUCGGACAUCAUUCUGUUGGAGAAGUCACUGGAGGUCAUCAACACGGCCAUCAUCACUGGUCGCACUACCCACGCCAACACAAUCAAGUACAUCAAGAUGGCUGCAUCCUCGAACUUUGGCAAUGUAUUCUCGUUGCUGAUCGCCUCGGCCUGGCUGCCCUUCAUCCCCAUGCAUCCACUGCAGCUGCUGACGCAGAACCUGCUGUACGACUUCUCGCAGAUUGCCAUCCCUUGGGACAAUGUCGACCAGGAGUUCCUUGAGACGCCGCACCCGUGGAGCGUGUCUGGCCUGUUCAAGUUCAUGGUGUUCCUCGGACCAAUCUCUUCAAUCUUUGACGUGACGACCUUCUCCUACAUGUGGUGGUACCUGGGCUGGGACUCCAAGGCCUACCAAUCGCUGUUCCAGACCGGCUGGUACGUGGAGGGACUGAUCACACAGGUAUUCAUCGUGCACAAUAUUCGAACGAUCAAACUGCCGUUCAUUCAACGUUGGGGAUCGUGGCAACUGGUGCUCAACACGCUCUGGGUUGCAGUGCUGGGUGUGUCCAUACCGUACAUACCCAAGCUGUCUCAACUGUUGGGCAUGAGCUCACUACCAGACAUGUACUAUCCUGGACUGGCCAUAUCAUUCUUUGGAUACUUCCUCCUCACUCAAAUCAUCAAGAAGAUCUACAUCAGAGUAUUCAAAGAAUGGUUAUAA